CGGCGGUGCACGUCCUUCGAUGCCCAACCGCACAACGCCGACCCAACCCGACCUGAGGGACGAGGGCGCCCACAUACCACAGGUGCGUCCAUGACCCACUGUGGAAAGCAUCACACGAGGAGUGUCAAACAUGCAGGCCCACAGCGAUGGCGGCGACGACUAUGGCGGUGGAGGUGACGAUGCCGACGAAGGAUUCAGGGAGGACGUGGAAGCAAGGGACGACGACGAAGACAUUCCUAUUUGGCCUUUGGGGAAGACGGGUGGGAGGGGGAAAGGACGCAGCAGAGGUGUUGUUCGUGGUCGAUCUGUUGGCUGUGGCGGCAGACGUGGCGUCAACGACGACGGCGGGAAGUCUGCGACGUACUGGUCUCUGGAAGACCAAGUGCUCCUGGUGAGAUGCAAGCGGGAGCAAGAGAUGCACCUCGCCGGGCUGGGUCACAAUUACGGGCGGAUGCGGACCAAGGAGUGGAAGUGGGAUGACAUUGCGAAGCGCAUGACAAACGCGGGGAGGCCUAAAGACGCCGAUGACUGCAUGAAGAAGUGGGAAAAUCUCUUCCAACACUACAAGAAAAUACAGAGGUUUAAGAAUGUCAGCGGCCAGGCAGAUUUCUUCAGGCUAUCGAAUGAAGAAAGGAAGGAGCACAACUUCAAGUUCCGGAUGGAGAGGGUGUUGUACAACGAGACCCACGCAGGCAUGCUGGGGAACCAUACAAUUUUCCCUCCCAACGUCGCCGACACCGGCAGUCCGGACGUUGUGCAGCUGCCCAGGCGAGGAGCGGUUGGUGGGGAGUCUGUUAGUAAUAUGGAGGAGGAGGAGGAGGAGGGUAGAAGAAGACGAAAGGAGGAUGGGGAGGAAGAGGAGGAGGAGGAGAGGAGGAGAGGAGGAGGAGGAGGAGGGAAGAAGACGAAAGGAGGAGGAGGAGGAGGAGGAGGAGGGAAGAAGACGAAAGGAGGAGGAGGAGGAGGAGGAGGAGGAGGAGGAAGUGAGGAGGAGGAGAAGAUGAAGAAGAAAGGAGGGGGACGAGGGGGAGAGAAGAAGAAGAUGAAAGCAGGAGGAGGAGGAGGAGGAGGAGGACCUGCCGGUGUUGAAAUCGGGACGAGGAGGAGGAGGAAGAAGAAGAAGAUGAAAGGAGGAGGGGGAGGAGGAGACAACAAGAAGGCGAACGGAGGAGGAGGAGGAGACAACAAGAAGGCGAACGGAGGAGGAGGAGGAGGAGGAGCUGCCGGGGACGAAGUGGGCACGUUUGGUCAAGCGGCAGACAAUGACAUAGAUGCAAUCAUGCCCACGGUAAGGGUGCCAGAUUGUGAGGGCGUAAAUCACGGGGAGGAGUUCCUUCUCGUUGGAGGGGUAAUUCAUCUCCGCGGGGAGGAGCUUCUUGCUUGCGAAGGCGAUGGGGUAUUCGCCAGGUGGAGCCUCGGGGAUCGAGAGGACUUGGCGAAGGUGUUGAAGGUGGGACUCGAAGGUGGGGCUGAAGACAAGGAUGUCAUCAAGGUAGACGACGACGCAGACUUCGAGGAGGUUGCGGAAGAUGUGGUUCAUGGUAGAUUGGAAGGUGGCGGGGGCAUUGACGAGUCUGAAUGGCAUUACGAGGAACUCGUAGUGCCCGAACCGAGAGCGGAAGGCGGUUUUGUGGGUGUCCUCCUCGCGGAUACGGAUCUGGUGGAAGCCACUGCGAAGGUCGAUCUUGGUGAAGUACUCGGCUCCACGGAGACGAUCAAGGAGCUCGGAAAUGCGAGACCGGCUUUGCAGACACACGCGUCGGUGAUGAAGUUACCAGUGGCUCCAAUGUCGAGGAGGGCCCGAAACUUAGUUGUAGACGCACCAAGGGUGGCGGUGAUGAAUUUGAGGUGGAAACGAGAUGAGUUGGCGGUGAAGAUGAUGGUGUUGAGGCGGCGUUGCUCGUUGCCUAAGCGGACAAGCCGAUCGUGUCGAGCUUGUUCCUCAACAACAUCAGAAAAGGUGACAGUGGAUGGGUUUGGAAGAAGGCUAGAGGAGCAUGGGGCAAGGGGGGGCGUUUGCGAUGCGUGGGAAUCGUCCGGUGAAGGGGGCGUCACUGGAGGGGGGGAGGUAGAGGAAUUGUCGAUGCCCGAUCGAUGUCCUGGGGAUUGUGUUCAUGAUGAGGGACCUGUGCUUGUCAAGGGCGGUGAUGCGGAGGUUGUGGGUCGAGUGGAGGCGGAAUGGCGGGUGUGGUUCGAGGAAGUGAUGGAGGUGGUGUCUUCAGGGGUGGUGUGGUGGAAAAGCGGGUGCGGAAGGGGGCGGGCGCGGUCUGGUGGUGGGGUGGAGUCGAUCGUGGUGAAGCAUGCGAGAGAGGAGGUCAGCAAGGGGCAUGUCGGGUUCGUGGGCGAGGGCGGUUGCAAGGUCUUUGUGGCAUACUCGUUUGAUGCGGGAGAUGAACGCAAAGUCGGGAAUGACGGUGUGGGGGAGGUGGUGGCGCAAGGAGCGGACGUAGUGGAUGAAGCGGUCCGUGAGACCGGUCUGGCGGAGGUGGCAGAAUUGUUCAAGGUAGUCGUCAAUGGUUUUCUGGGGGCGGAAGGUGGCAGUGAGAAGGUUGGCCCAUUGGAGGAAGGAGUGACGUGGUCCUCCGGAGGCUCGACGGUUUUUGACUUCAGCCAUCCUCCAUUUGGUUACAUUGCCAAGGAGGCGGGAGGUGGCAAUGGGGAGCCAGUGGGCACGGGGCAUGUGGUGGAGGUGAAAAGAGUUCAAGAGGACCGCCCAAGAGGCCAGUAGGCCGCUAUAUCUUCCGGAGGAGCAAGUAGCUCCUCCUCAUUUGCGAGAGUUAGUUGUAGGCCGUCUUUGAGAGAGGUCGCCAUUUUUUGCUGUCGUCUCCCACUCCCAGCUUCACAUGAAUGAAGAAUAAUGAAGGGUGAGCUCUACAAGUGUAAUGACAUGGGUCCAUGCCUGUACGGAUUUAGUGCCGUGAAUUUAACAGGACGAGUCUGUGGGCGCUGGUUGUGUGGCAGACAUGGAGCAGUACGCUGCAAAGUCCUGGUGGUUGGCAGCAAACAACUGGGCGAGUCUAUGUUUUCUGGCGAGACACGGGAAUGUCUGGCUGCUGCGUCCUGGUGGUUGGCAACAAUCAUUUGGGGAGUUUAUAUUUUCCGGUGAGACACAGGAACGGCUAGGAGAUUUCUAUGUUCUCUUGCGAGAUGAUGGACAUAACCAUUCACUCCCAAGGAAGUAGGUGAUUUUCAAUGUGGUCGCUUUCAUCUUCUGGAGUCUGGUUUGGGCUCAUUAAAGGAUGGUUAUGACUGCAAGUCGUCGAGUGUCAGAUAAUGUGGUGUUGCGCUUCUGUGUUGGUGAAACGUAACAUACGGCUUGGAGCUCUGGAUGUGGUUACCUCUGCUUUGGCCUUGCAAUCCAGGCUGAUGUGUUCUCCAAUUUAGGUAUUUGUUGGAUGUGCAGAUCAGGCCGCAAUAAGGGCAGUCAAGGAGUUCGUGCAGAUUGAAGAGGGCGGAAUGGCAGAACGUUUUCAAACAAUCCAGAGGUCUUCUAAUGGUAAACUGAAGUACACAUAGUUCAUGUCGGGUUCACAUGGCGGAUGAUCAUCCUAUAGUUGAUCUGAAUUUUUGAGGCUAUGCAAUUCAUUGUGCAAUAGUCUUUCACGCAUAUCUGAUGUGGGGACGAGUCAGCAGUAUGGACAGUCAAGCGAUUGGGGUGCAGAUGGAAGAGGGGGGAAUGCCAGAACGUGUUGAAAUAACUCGGGUCUACUGACGGUAAACAGAAAAUCACAUAGUUCGUGGCAUUUUUUUCAUGUAGUUGAUUUGAGCAUCUCAAGCUAAGUCAUCGACUAAGUCACACACCAAGCGCUGGCUUCAUUGGCUAAGUCACAACUUGAGCGUCAACCUUUCAGUGGGAACCCCUUGUUCCAUAUGGGCUAUGAAAUUACUGCUAUAGUCUUCCGCUC